GAAACUUGCUGUGCACUUACCACGGGUUCUGCCAGUCGGCUGGAAAGGGGACUUAUCUAUUCUUUCAUUAGUCAAGCAUAACCUUAUCUCAAACUAAUUAUUCUUCUCCACAUGGCCUUCCUACUCGUGUCAGCUUAUCUUCUGCUGACUCAUGCUCGGGGUGCUCCUGUUGAGAAUGGGGCACUGUUGGAAACACUGAAGUCACAAGUAGGAUUAUUCAGCAAUAAAAGUGAACACUAUUCAGCACAGGUGAGACCUCCUGGCACAAGUCGACAAAUACCUCAGACAAUCAUCAUAGGAGUUCGUAAAGGAGGGACAAGAGCUUUGCUGGAAAUGUUGGAUAUUCAUCCUAAUAUUGUGGUAGCAGCUACAGAAGUCCACUUCUUUGACUGGGAUGAAAAUUAUGUGAAAGGAAUUGACUGGUAUAGAAGUCUGAUGCCAUUUUCAUAUGGAAAUCAAAUUACAAUUGAGAAAACACCAGGCUAUUUUACAUCGCCACAGGCUCCAGAAAGAAUUCAUGACAUGAAUAGCUCCAUUAAACUGCUGCUCAUUCUAAGAGAUCCCACUGAGAGAGUUAUAUCUGACUAUACCCAAGUAUAUUACAACAGAGUAGAAAGCCACAAGCCUGUUCAGCUUUUUGAAGAUAUUGUUAUUAAGAAUGGAGCACUUAAUACCAAAUACAAAGCUAUUCAGAGAAGUCUAUAUGAUGUUCAUAUGGAAAAGUGGCUUAAGCAUUUCAGUUUGGACCAGAUUCACAUAGUCGAUGGCAAUACUUUAAUCAAGGACCCUCUUCCUGAAUUACAAAAAGUUGAAAGGUUUCUAAAUCUUCCUUCCCGAAUUGUGUCUUCUAAUUUUUAUUUUAACCAAACCAAGGGAUUCUACUGCAUUAGAAGUGAUGGAAGAGAGAGAUGUUUACAUGAAUCCAAAGGACGUCCCCAUCCUCUUGUUAACAACACUGUUUUAGAGCAACUGUAUUCAUACUUCAGAGAGCACAAUGCAAAAUUUUACAGAAUGGUUAAUCAUUCCUUUGACUGGCAUUAA